AUGUCUCGGAGACUGCCAUCGGAAGCGCAAACGCUCUACGAGACGCUCGAUCUACAUCCGAAUGGCAAGCUCUGCUGGGUCGUGUAUCGCUGCAGCUACGCAGAUGAUUCCGAGUGGGCUCGGUUCGUUCAGCGCCUGUAUGACUGGGUGCGCUGCCGCCUGGGAAAGGAACGCGAUGGCAACCUCAUUAUCAAUCACUUCGAGUUCGAUGUGAGGGACGACAAGGAGAAAUUCGAUGGCGCCAGUAUGUCCGCUAUACGUCGCGACUUCAACGACUGGGUGGAGAAGACCAAUGGCAGCUACAAGGUGACGAUGCAUACCAACUGCAUCUAUGCCGACGCUGAGGUCAUCGAGUCCGUCCUGAAUGGUCCAGAUCCAAACUCGGGAGCCCCUCGAAUCGACGUAGAUCGCACUGCCUGGGUCAAGAUCCUCGAAGGACUGUGUAAAGACGAGGUCGACCAAUUCGAUGAGGAUGAGAUCUCGGACGAUGAGGAGCGCGCAAAGGUGAACAGUGGAGAUGAAGGAUUCGAACCCAUCAAUGGCUGCCGCCUUCACGACUUGGGAUGGAUCAAAGUCGCUGCGUCCAACCUCAUCUCCGGAGCCUACUAUUGUCUGAACAACGGGGGCUGGUACGCCUACUACGUGCGCCCUCCAUUUAUAAUCAGUGGGUGA